UCUUCUUCAGUCCUAGCUACAUGAAAGCUCUAGAAAAACAGCAUGAGCGAGCGCGAAAGCGGGAGGAAGAGGAGAGAGAGGAGGCUACUCGGAAACGCAGGAGAGACCAACUUUGUCGGAAAAGAAAGCAGAGACUUCUACAGGCAGAAGGAGCAGCUGAAGAGACCUUCACAACUACAGAAUCAAGACCUACUAGAGGUUGUGCCACAACUGGCAGAGCAACGGCGCUUGUUGGAUCUUCGGGAAGUAGAAGCACUCGCGCCUCUAGUGCUGCUAAUGCUGGGAGAAAUACAAGGACCACUACUAGGACUACUAGUGGUCCUUUUGGUUUGCGAAAUACCACGAGUGGUGGCCCUCCGGGUCCGUUUGGUGGUCCUCGAAGAAUCACUGCAGAUGCCCCUAGUUCUCGAAUCACUAAAACGAUUUCAACGAGCAUAGUUGCAACAGGAAGUACUUCAAGGACUACUACAAGGACUUCUAGAGCUACUACAAAUACAAUGUUGGGAACCAUGGCACCAGGUGGUCGCCCGAGACUGACAUCCAAUAUGUUUGGAGGCUCAUUUUCUCCCGUAGCUGGACGCUCGUCGCAAUUAGGAGUAGAUCAUCGUGCGACCAAUGAGGAUGACGAACUCUUCGAGCAAUUGUUCAGACCGCGAAGCAGACAAAGCGCUACGGUGCGAGUGCGAACAACGAAAGCCGUAAGGCGGUUGAUAGGCAAGCAGAAAUCGGCUCAGCGCAGAGAAGAAGCGCGCACCUUGCAAAUAUUGAAGGAAGCUAGUCGUAAUUUUUUGAAGAAUUUUAUUUUAACGUGAUACGCACCUGGUAAGCAGCAAAUAUUGGAAGAAGCUAGUCGUUUACUCAACCUAUUAGGUUUAGUUGACUACAUGAGUGGCAGCACAUAAGCUCCCUCGCCAGCACAGUUGUCAACUUUUCUGAGGUUGAAGCUACUAAAUUCAAGCGAUUUUCGAAAGCGCCGGCGCGGUCACCUCGGGCGGGGAGUCCCACGCGUUGCACCGCCGCGGACAAUUCCGAGGAGCUGCCGAACCCUGCGCCAAUUGGGCAGGGCACGCCGCCCACUGCGCGGCACGGUGCGCGCUGGCAUGCGAAGGCGGAGGCGGCUGCGUUGCGGGCGGUAGGCGUCGGGCCAGGCGACUGCUGACGAUUGCGGCGGGGGGCGGCGUCUACGGGGGUCGCCUGCUGAAGGGCCUGCGGUAUGAGGGCGGAGCGCACCUCGGUCAUAGAGUAGCAACCUGCCUCCUGUCGGGCGCAGGCGUCAUCAGUCAAGUGGCUAACUUUGCGGGGCCAUCCGCCUUCACAGUCGAAGCAUGCCGCGCCUUCGGUGAGGGCGCUCACCGUGCGCUUGAAGGGCGCGCAUUGCUCAGCGCCGCCGUCGAUGGCUAUCUCGAACAGAUGGCGCGCCUGGAAUACCUCAAGGCGUUGGCUUUCGCGGCGUUUAUGACGGGCGCAUUGUCAUCAAAGAAGACGGAAAGGGCGCGGAGCACUUCGCCGCCUUGAUAGAUUGCGCGGGCCUGUGCACCUUCGCGAGCGUGGCCCCCGGCCGCUUGUCUUGGUACGUACUCCACAGGAGUGAACGGGCAGGGACACGCUUCGAGGAUGCAGCCACGCAAGCGAACCACCCGGGUGAGGAAGUCGAGGCUUUGGUGGUGGGGCCAAUCCCCUCCGAGAUCUCCCAAACAAGAAGGGCGCCGUAGGUGAGCACAACGCGCGCCCCCGACGGUGAAGAGGCUCGCUGAGGUGCUGCAAAGGCAUGCGCGUGGCAGUCUUACUUCAGCAUAUCACAUGGCGCAGUGCUUGUCUGUAUCACUCCUUGCCUGUGUUCCACACAUAUCAGGCUGCCGCCUGCAGUGUUCAUAUCUGUCUGGGUCGGGUUUCUGUGUUGCUUGUUUCUUGCGCGUCACCUUUUGCUGAGGCUUCUGGCACUGGUUGGAGUGAAUAGAAAAACAGCUGUACUGAAGUAUCUGGUAGGGCAAGCAUAAGCUUUGCAAAGAGGAGAAAAAGUUCACGACGAGGUGAGUUAUUGGCUAUUUUUAUAGGCACUUUGGAAAAUACAAAAAAAGCCAUCUGAAAAAUACGUAAUUAACCUUCUCCCAUAGCAGAACAGUGAUAAGAAUUCUUUCCCCCUUUGAAUCAGAGGCGUGCUGCAAAUCUUGAUUGGCUUCUGCCUUUCUAUGAGGUAGAGGCUUAGGCCCAGCGACGCGCAAAGCACAUAAGUAAAGCAGCCGGCUAGCUUUACCUCUAUUCUUAGGUCUUUCCCUGCUGACAACUUCUCCUUUGCAUCCGACACAAUAUACACCAGGUCUGCCUAGUGUGCCUCGAGAAGUUAAUGAAAAGGCGUCGGCUGUGAAUACCGCUGGCUCACCGAAGGGCGAAAAGGCUUCAGCCAACGCGAAAGCAGACAAUCAAAAGCAGAAGAGUCCGUCUCCGAAAAACCAAGCGUUAAAGCUUCAUUAUCAUCAUCACUUAUAUGAAGUGGAUAAUGUUUAUGAUGAGUAAACAUUAUCCACUUAAUAUAAUGUUUUAUGAUUUGGUAUGGUUCGUGUACAAGCUUGUUCCCUGUCUGCGGAUGAUAUUGCUGAACUACAGAAGACUAGAUUAUACAUAGUACACGCAACGACUUUUUUUUUCCAGUAGAUCGACGUAAAGAGUGAUUACAAGAGCUGUUUCCCGGCUCUUCUCAUGGCUCUAAAAACGACUAGCGUGACCGCAGUACCACCUCCCGCGGCAACAGCUCCAGGUUCGAAAAAUCAAUCAGCAACAGCGCCCCCUCCCAGGAAACCACCUGAAAGUGCCCGGAGUCGUCGUAGUCGUGUCGCGCCUCGUGCUACUACAGUGUUUGGUGAGCAGAGUCGUACUUCGCCAAUAAACAAGCGCAAUUCUACUGUCAGUCGCAGUUUUCUCGGAGGACAGCAAGGUGGACAGCUCCCAGUCAGGCUCAUGACGUUCGCAGACGCUAGUAAGGAACAGCGGGAAAAAAUUUUGAGUUACACUUUCCACGUCCACCAGUUUUGGCAUAAUAUGGCGAGUGAGGAGCUCUGUGCUAAGUUGCAGAUUGAGUAGAAAAUUAUAGCGAGUACGCAGCUCUAACUCUAUACAUAAGUUUAAGUACAGCUCUAUUUUUUCCUCGGCAGAACCUGGACUUCCAUAUUUGAAUUGUGUCAUAAAACAAAACCCUAUAGUACCAGCGACGGAGAGCGAAAAGAAGUAAGAUAAAAAUUGAUUUAGCACUAGGACUAGCACGUAACCGUUGACCGUGUAGGCAUAGCCCCUCUCGAUAAUUGUUUUGACGAUAGUGUUGUAGUCGGAGGGUUAAUAACACCAGUGUCAUAGGCAAAGCCGUGCUUUGAUUUGUGAGCUUGAGCUUGCGUUUCGGGAAAAGAGGUUUGCAAAGUUUAGAACGCAACACAUCGAAAACUUUAGAUCAUGAUGGAUAUUUUGGAAAACUUGAUGUAUAGGGUCAUUACCCACACUCAAACUCUGCGUCACAAAAUAGUCUAAGAAAAACGACAGUAGCCUCCUGAAACGCGAUAAGUAAUAUUAUAGUCGGGGCUCUACAAAGCGACUAUGAAGCUGAAAGAACACGAGCCUGGUACCUGCAUAGCAUUCUCUCCUCUUGCGAUGGAUUACAAUAGCAGAGCUUCUCCUAGUUGUACAGUCCUUUUAUGUGCAUGUCAUUCCUUCAUUGCCUAAAUUCAUAUGGUGAAGAGCCUCCAUUUGCAUGUGCUGCAUCGUCGCGAUCGACACUUGGUGUGUCCUGUGAUUCUGUGAUCUUCUAUCCUGCAUCACCGAUCCCAGAAUUAUCCUUCAGAUCUGAG